AUGACUGAUCUUCCAGUUUCAAGAGUUACUGCAAGUAGAGCAUUUACUCGUGUAGGAAUAGAUUUCGCCGGACCAUUCAAUAUCAAAAAUCGAACUGACAAAGGAGUGAAAAUUACAAAGUGUUACGUGUGUCUAUUUGUUUGCUUCUCUACGAGAGCAGUAGAUUUAGAAAAAGUAGGAGACCUUACGACAAAAUCCUACAUAGCAACUUUGAAGAAGUUCAUAGCACGUCGAGGCAAGCCUGUAGAAAUCCACAGUGAUUGUGGCACAAAUUUUAAGGGUGCCAGUAAAGAGUUGAGAAAGGCGUUCGAUAUGUUACGAAAUGAUCAUCUUUAUGGCUAUCUGUCAUCUGAAAGCAUCAAAUGGAUCUUCGAACCUCCUGCUGCGCCUCACUUUGGAGGCAUGUGGGAAGCAGGAAUUAAAUCUGUCAAGUAUCUAAAGAGAUGCCUUGGAAACGUUGUACCAACGUUUGAAGAAUUCUUAACGCUUAUUACGCAAAUCGAGGCAUGUUUAAAUUCGCGUCCACUGACACCAGCUUCAUCUGAUCCAAAUGAGUUAGAAGCUCUGCCUUCCGGACACUUCUUGAUUGGAACAUCUAUGAGUGCCAUUCCAGAACCGGGCUUGACUGCAGAGAAAACAUUAACCGUUGGAGAAACAUGCAAAAGAUACUUCAACAAUUUUGGAGACGUUGGAGUAAUGAAUACUUGUGUAGAUUGCAACAGAGGCCAAAGUGGUGUAAAUUACAACGUGACUUUCAACCAGGUGACUUAG